CCCAUUUUCCAGCUCCAAAGCAUAGAUCCAUCGAAUUAGAAAUCCAAACCCCUAGCCCUGGCCCAUUUUCUACUUGUUGAUAUAAACUGCUGCAUAUUUUUGAGGUUGACCUCAAGGCUCAGCGCAGCAACCACCCCUCCUCUAUCACUCCCAAAUCGCAACAUGAACUCGAUUCUGUCCACGUUCACGCCCGAUGCUUCGGGAACCCCGCCCAAGCAGGUAGACUACAUCCCAUGGCUCACGCUCAACGAUGGCAACAAGAUCCCAAUGCUCGGAUAUGGUCUAGGGACAGCCAACUACAAAAGGGGCGGCCCGGGUUUUGACGAGAAGAUUGUCGACAACACGGUCCGGGCUAUCAAACUUGGAUACCGUCAUCUCGAUGGCGCGGAAGUCUACGGAAAUGAGGAGGAGCUCGGCGCAGCCAUCAAGAAGGCCGGUGUGCCGCGGGAGAAGCUCUUCGUUACUGCCAAGUGCAGCGGAACCAAGAAGCAGAACACCGAAGAGGCCUUUGCGACGUCUCUGAAAAAACUUGGUCUUGACUAUGUGGAUCUCUAUCUCAUCCAUGGUCCCUUCUUCGCCGAGUCGGACGAGGAGCUCCAGCAGAAGUGGGCAGAAGUGGAGGCCAUCAAGGAAUCCGGCCGGGCCAAGUCCAUCGGAGUCAGCAACUACCUUCAGUCCCACCUUGAGACUAUCUUGAAGACGGCCAAGAUCCCCCCAGCCAUCAACCAGAUUGAGUUCCAUCCUCACCUGCAGCACGGCAACCUGCUAGAGUUCCACCGCCAGAACAAGAUUGCAGUAGCGGCGUAUGCCCCCUUGACCCCCAUUACUUCAGACGUCGAUUCUCCCGUCAGGACCAUCUUCGCCAAUCUGUCCAAGAAGUACGGGGUAAGCGAUUCCGUCAUUGGACUCCGGUGGUGCAUCGACCAAGGUCUGGUCACCCUUACGACCUCGUCCAAUGAAGACAGGCUGCAGAGUUACCUGAACCAUCUCCCUGCCAUAAAGCUCACGCCUCGGGAGGUGAGUGAGAUCGCCAAAGCCGGCGAAACCAAACAUGUUCGCGGGUUUUGGAAGAACAGGUUCGACGCUGAUGACAAGAGCUAAGUGGGUCUAUCACUGGGAGCCGUCUGAACAUCUCGGACCAUAGCGUCAAGUAAUUGUCUAUGUAGCGAUUCAUCGGGAGGAUUAAUGAGAAACUGUCAAGUG